AUGUGCUACAUUGCGUUGCUUGCAGGAGGUUUUGAUGACAUUGGACAAUACAGUUGGGGAUCUGUUGUUCUCGCACAUUUGUUUAGACAAUUAUGCGAGCUUACUGACCUGCACAGAUCAGACAUGGGUGGAUGUCAUAUACUGCUGCAGAUAUGGGCGUGGACCAGAUUUCCUCCUAUUGCUCCUCCUCUUCCUCAGCCUACUCACCCAGAGUGGCACUUCGGUCAUCGGUUUAAUGGUUUAGCCCGCUUUAAACCACAACAUCAGCUUCUAUAUCGGGGGACUCUAGACACGUUGACUAGGGACGAGGUUGUUUGGCAGCCGUACGGAGACUAUCAUUUCUUGGACAUACCUGCAGAUGAGCGAUAUCUUUGGUUGGCUAGGACACCGAUCAUAUGUUUUUAUACGGUUGAGCAGUGCCAACCAGAUAGAUGCUUGAGACAGUUUAGUUUGGACCAGCCGAUACCUUUGAGGCCUAGAAAGCUCAAAAGGGUUCAUGAUCACACGCUUCGAGGUAAAUGGCCUGAUAACUGGCAAGUUAAGCUCAGACCAUUUAUACAUAGAUGGCAAAUAAGGGCUCAACACAUAGGUCAGCUACCUCCCCCAUUGGCAGGGCUGAUGUCACCAAACCAUGAGUAUAGGGAUUGGUAUCGGCUACGAGGCAAGCGUUAUCCUUUACUUGCACUUAUUUAUUUUUAUUGUAGAUUGAUAGGUCUGGAGAUGCUAUACUUCGCGACUACUCCUGAGCAUUUUGAGUCCUUCGGUUUAGACUGGGUUCAUGAGGAGAUUGGGCGCUUAAUUUUUGUAUUCAGAGAGUCGUCCAGGGUGGAGGAGCCAGGAUCACAGGCUCCCCCGGCCCAGACACAGGAUGAGCCUCAGAUAUCUCUUGACAUUCCUACACAUAGACAGGAGGGACGAGGGCUAGGAUGUCGUCGAGAGCCAGUGGCACCACUUCCGGAGCCUAUACAUGCCCCUAGGCCACGCAUAGAUAUGUCUGGAUACUUCAGGCCCCCCAUGAUGGGACAGACAUAUGAUUCUCAACCCAUUUAUUACGGUCCUCUUCAGCAUCAGGAUGUGCCAUUUAUCCCUUCGCAGACAGGUACACAUGGUCCACCCAUGGACCCCAGAGUCAGCCAGUGUAUCAGGCUAGUCCAGUCCACAGCGCACCUGGUUACGUGCCAACCACACAGGCUGAGACUAGCACUCAGGAUUACCAGUCGUGGUCACAUGGAGAUGUUGAUGACCUGA